AUGUCUUCUUCACAGAAAUCUUCGGCUGCAGCUCCCGGCGCAGUUGACGUCGCUACGCUAUCCGUACCUCAGCUUCGCUCUCUCCAGUCUCGCCUAAGCUCUGAGCUCGAGCACCUCACAUCCUCACAUACCAAGCUACGAUCAGCGCAAUCGAAAUUCAGAGAAUGUAUUCGCUCCAUAAACGACGGCAUUCUCGCGAAACCAGAAAAAGAAGGACAGGAGAAUGAUAUUCUGGUACCAUUGACCAACUCAUUAUAUGUCAGAGGGAAGCUAUCGGAUAGGGAAAAAGUGAUUGUAGACGUAGGGACCGGAUUCUACGUCGAAAAGACGCCGGCUAAAGCUAUAGAAUUCUAUAACGGAAAAGUUGGGGAGCUGGGAACAAAUCUGCGUGAGCUAGAGAAGAUCGUGGCAGGGAAAAGCACAAAUCUAAGAGUGGUUGAAGAAGUGUUGCGCCAAAAGCUUCUCGCGGGCGAAGGCAGCGCGGCGCAGGCUGGACCUAGCGGAGCCGUGCAAGCUUGA